CCAUGCGCGCUGCGACACCGAACACUGUGUGCGGGAACAUCGGACAGGCCUUUGAAGUUUAAAAUAUGGCUGGGCUCUCCCAUAAGCUACGCAUCACGAAGUAGGGAUUCAACUGUCAAGCAAACUGCGGCGCACAAGACUAGCAAAAGACAUUGUGACGGGCUGCUAAGAUCACGAGGGCAGGGCAGUGUGUUCAUCAUGGACGACAAAACACUGCCUCAGAACUGUACGAGAAACUAUCUACGCUGCUAGAUGGUAAAAAAGAAGACAUCAAAGUCUUUGCAGAAAACCUGUUCAAGCGCACGGGCAGUAAAUCAUCGAAGAGAGAUAAUGUGUCAGCAGUCCCUCCUAAGCAUGAGAAAAGGCGCUAUGCCAUGGUCGCGAUGAACGAGGAUUUGGAGUCCAACACCGCGCCGGCUUCACCGAAUACUGAUAGCACUAAAAAGAGUAAAGAGAAAAAUAAAGAAAUAAGCAAAAGUAAGGGAAGACGCGCGCUUCGGUCAAAGAAAGACGACUAUGAUGAAAGAUGGGGCGAACAAUCUGAGGAAGAGGUGCAAGAUAUCGAAGAGCCGGAAUGGAAGAAACGCAGGCGUGUCGACUACUCCGUGUCUGAACCACCUACCCGGUCAGUUUCUGAGGAUAGUGAAAGAGAGCGUGACCGGAAAGAGCUGGAGGAACUCGAGCAGAGACUUAAGGACAAGGAUAAACGCGGGGAAACCAAAGACGAUGAUUCUAAACGGGAUAUGAAAGACGUUCGACUGAAGUCGAGGCAGCAAUACUUACGCAAGCGUGAAGCCGAAAAAGUCUACCUCCUCAGGAAACAAGUUGAGGAAGAGGCUGAGGAGGAGCGUACAAAUCCUGAUCUUACGGAGCGGGAGCUGCGCGAAUUCGCCAAGAAUAGGGAACUCCUCGAGCUCGCUGAAGCACGAUUGCAUGCCCGCGAUGUAGCUGAGGACCGUGACGGCUUUUACAUGCAAGAUUAUGAUCGGUCAAGUAAGAGCGAGACGCUCAAUAAACGUAAUAAAGAACGUGAGGGUGUCAGCGAUCUUCAGCUUUGGGAAGAAGAGCAAACUCGGAGGGCGACAGCUACAGCGAAUCUUCGUUCUCAACGCAUCAACGCAAAGGACUACGAAUAUGUCUUCGAUGAAAGCCAGAAACUUGAUUUCAUCAGCGGUGGAAAGAUUCCCGGGACCAUGAGCAAAGAGAUGUUAAUAUUUCAGCAACAGCUCGACGCUGAGCUCAAAAAAGAGGCCACAAUCAAGGAAAAAAGAAAAGAGUUACCAAUGUAUGCAUACAGAGAGCAGCUCGUAUCAGCCUUGAAGGAUCACCAGAAUAUGAUAGUCUCAUCGGAGACUGGCUCUGGCAAGACUACCCAAAUCCCUCAAUACAUUCUAGAAGAGAACAUCAACAACGGUCUCAUGAUUGGUGUCACGCAACCCCGUCGAGUGGCGGCCAUGUCCGUCGCCGCGCGUGUAGCCGAAGAGCGUGGCACGAGACUGGGCGCUGAGGUGGGCUACAGCGUUCGAUUCGAGCACAAAGUAUCGGAUAAAACCAAGAUAAAAUUCAUGACCGAUGGCAUGCUUCUGCGUGAGCUGGUGUCUGAUCCAACCUUAAGUGCAUACGGCGUCAUCAUGCUUGACGAGGCUCAUGAGCGUACACUAGACACCGACAUGCUUCUCGCAUUCUUAAAGGACCUGAGCAGAGCCCGAAGCGAUUUGAAAAUCAUCAUCAGUUCUGCCACAUUGAAUUCGGCGAAGUUUGCAAGCUUUCUGGACGAUUGUCCGAUAUUUCACGUUCCGGGAAGAACGCAUCCAGUUGAGAAGAUGUUCGCCCAAUCGCCGGAGGCAAAUUAUUUGCAUGCAGCAAUAACGACCGUCUUUCAAAUACACAUAUCGCAGCCUAUCGGUGGCGAUAUUCUGGUAUUCCUUACGGGUCAAGAGGAUAUCGACAUGGGUGUCGAGCAGAUCGAGGAAACCAUGCGUAAACUCGGGAAUCGCGUGCGACCAUUGAUUGUCUCUCCCAUUUAUUCGACACUUCCAUCCGAGAUGCAGGCUAAGAUAUUUGAGCCAACACCAGAAGGCGCACGCAAAGUUGUCUUGGCCACGAACAUCGCCGAGACCUCUCUGACUAUUGAUGGGAUCAAAUACGUCAUAGACACAGGUUUGGCAAAAGAAAACGUGUUCAACCCCUCGACAGGCACAAGUUCCUUGCAAACCACACCAAUUAGCCGUGCAUCCGCUGAACAACGAGCUGGUCGUGCCGGUCGUGUGGGCCCUGGCACGUGCCUACGGUUGUACACCAAGUACAACUUCUACACAGAGCUGCAGGAGGAACCUGUUCCCGAGAUCCAACGUAGUGAUCUUACAAGCGCUGUUUUAUUUCUUAAAACCAUUGGCGUGGACAACAUUAUCGACUUCGACUUUCUUGAUGCGCCUUCGCCGGACUCUCUGAUCAAGUCGCUUGAGCUUCUCUACAUGCUUGGGGCCCUGGCGAGUGAUGGACGUGUCACUCGUCUUGGCCGCCAAAUGGUCGAAAUCCCUUCGCAUCCGCGGCUUGCCGCUGCUCUUAUCGCUAGCCACAAGUACGGGUGUGUGCAAGAAGUUCUUACCAUUGUUGCCAUGCUCGAUGAAUCAGCAAAUCUCUUUUUCCGACCGAAAGAUCAAAAGGUGCAUGCAGAUAGCGCACGAGCACGCUUUACCCACAAGGAAGGCGGCGACCACCUCACCUUACUGAAUGUGUACAACGCUUGGGUUGAUGCUGAGUACAGCGUCCCUUGGUGCCGUGAAAAUUUCCUUCAAUACCGCUCCUUGCAACGCGCACGCCUUGUGCGAGAGCAAUUGGAAGCACUUUGUGACCGCGUUGAAAUCCCUCCAGACUCUAGCGUUGGAUCCAAUGAACAUGUGCCGAUACUAAAGGCGCUACUCUCUGGAUUUUUCAGUAAUACAGCAAUUCUGCAACGGGAUGGUCACCAUUAUCGGACGCUAAGGACAAACAUGAGCGUGAAGAUACAUCCAAGCAGCGUCCUUUCGGCACAGGAUCAAGCGUAUAAACCUAAGGUGGUUAUGUUCCAUGAGCUCGUCAUCACAAGUGGAGAUUGGAUGAGAGGUGUGGCACCUAUCGAGGCAAGUUGGCUCAACGAAGUUGCUCCCCACUUCUGGAAGGCCAGUGAGGUAGAUAAAUUACAGGCGCAUAAGAAAAAGGUGCCGAAAGGGCAAGGACUUGAUGCAUCUUCCGCAUCCAAAUUUUAGUAUCUUUACAUGCUCAAUUAUACGCAUUUAUGGACGCCAUGUGGAAAUUCGGAGGGGCAUAAACAUAACUGUGAUUACACUACACAAUACGCUUCCUUGAGUUACUAAGACGUGGGGAAACUCAAAACUUUCCAUAUACUGUAUUCUGGAGAACAAUAAUACUUAUCGUACUAAACAG